AUGCACACCUUUACAAAGACCCUCUCCGUCCUCCUCUUUCUCCUCUCCAUCAUGACAUUCUCCGUCUCUGCUGCCGACACAUUGGAGAAACAUACGGCGGAACUCGAGGAGCGGAACCCGGUUCCUGGCCGCGAGGAUGUGAUCAAGGGAGUCACUGGUGCUGUCCCUGAUGUCGUGGAAAAGAUUGGCGCGGGGGGGAAGGUGCACGUUGAGGUGGGGCUGGGGAUGAUGGUAGGAGUGGCGGCGGUUGUAGUUGCGUGGUUGUGA